CCCAAAUCGAUACCCCGUUGAGGCGUUGACGUUGGCCAGAUGACACCCUCUUGAUAUUAUGUCCUCGUCCGAACCCAUUAGAGACUGAGGCUGAGGGAGCACGAACGUUGAGCAAUGCCAGUAUCCUUGAGGAAUGAGUCGACCUCCACUGGUCGUUUGGAGCCAGGCUCUCCACGGGACCGUCAUGGCAUGGUCUCUCCUCCAGGCCGUGCUGCGAACCUCCAGCUGCUCCACCCUGGCAAACAUCCAGGGAUCGACGGGCUCGGCGCCAAUGCAGCUGGCUGGCCAUCCAGCAUCACCCCCGCCGCCAAAGGCCCGGCCGCAUUGUACCUCAUACGGCACAAAAAAGUAACCUCAGAGAACUUCAGAAUCGCUCGGCGCAGAGAAGCCUACGAUGUAGAGAUCGUCCCGACAUCCUUGGCGGAUCACGUCUAAAUGAAGGACCAGCGCGUCGUCCGGAACCCUUGGGCCUGCACCUCAUGAGGUGCGAAAGCGAGUCGAAAGUGUUAACUCCCCCUCUCCUCGUGAUGAGAACCCCCCCCCCCUUCAGCUUGGCGGGAUGAAUUAGUCUUGUAUAAGAAGUUUGAAGCGUCCACGCCCCAUCGGUACGGACAUCAUGAGAUGACAGAGCCCAUCACGCCAACAUCCAUUUGGAUACGACACUCUUUUACUUCAACCGACUCUCGUUUUUCACUCAACCUUUGCAAUGGUCGUAGCACAGCUUCUUCUCGCCGCAGCACUUGCGCCGGCUGCCCUGGCGGGGCCCUUUAAACUCCGCGACGUCAACUCCUACGAUGGAAAGGCCACCCCUUACGAGAAAAAGGUCAACUCCUACGAGGAAAAGGUUACCUCUUACGAGGGAAAGGUUGCCUCCUACGAGGGAAACCCAUUAGCCGACAGACAGCUGUUCAUCAACCCCACAUACGCCGACGAGAUCAAGACCCUCGCCAUCCCCCAGCUGACUGGCGAGCUCGCGGAGAAGGCGGCCAAGGUCGCCGAGGUGCCCACGUUCUCAUGGCUUGACACCCGCGAGAACAUCAGCCUGAUGAACAGCACCCUCGCGCAGAUCCGCAAGCUCAACCAGGAAGGCGCCAACCCGCCGUACGCCGGCACCUAUGUCAUCUACAACUUCCCCGACCGCGACUGCUCCGCCAAGGCAUCGGCCGGCGAGCUCUUGAUCGCCGAAGAUGGCGUUGAGAAGUACAAGAAGGAGUACAUCGACCCCAUCGCGGCGUUGGCCAAGGAGUACUCCGACGUCCGCCAGGUCUUUGUCUACGAACCUGAUGGACUUGCCAACCUUAUUACGAACAUGGCCGUCCCCAAGUGCGCCGGCGCCGCCGAUGCGUACAAGGAGGGAACCGAAUACGCUUUGAAGACACUUAACCUCGAGAACGUCGCCAUUUACAUCGAUGGUGGCCACGCAGGCUGGGUCGGUUGGGCCGAUAAUCUCAAGCCGACGGCGGAGCUCUACGCCGAGCUGUACAAGAAGGCCGGGUCGCCCAAAUCAGUAAGGGGAAUAGUCUCGAAUGUGUCCAACUUUAAUGGUUGGAACUUGACGACGGCGCCCCCUUACACGGCGCCAAGUGAGAAUUGGGAUGAGUCCAAGUUCCACGCGGCGCUGACGCCGCACCUGCGGGAGGCGGGCUUCCCGGCCCACUUCAUCGUCGACCAGGGCCGCAGCGGCAAGCAGCCGACGGGACGGGAGACAUGGGGCGACUGGUGCAACAUCAAGGACACGGGAUUCGGGCCGCGGCCGACGGUGCAGACGGGGAUCGACACGCUGGACGCCGUGGUCUGGGUCAAGCCGGGCGGCCAGGCGGACGGCACCAGUGACACGACGGCGGUGCGCUUCGACGAGAAGUGCAGGUCGAAUUCGUCUGUCGUGCCGGCGCCGGAGGCCGGUUCCUGGUUCCAGGAGUACUUUGUGCAGCUGUUGGAGAACGCCAACCCUCCGUUUUAAGGGGGCUGCCGAGGUUGUGUAUUUCGUUACGGUACCUAAUCUACAUCAGUACGGAAAGGAAAUUGACAAUUCUCAUUGUAAAACUCAUUUUAAACCCUU